UCCACCGAGCGAGCCAAACUACCGAAGAAAAUGCGUACCUUUACUUUGAUUGCUCUUUUGGCUCUUAUUGCCGUGGCUGCUGCUCAAAGCGGACAGCAAGGUGGACAACAAGGUGGUCAGCAGGACGGCCAGCAAGGAUCCCAGCAAGGAGGACCCCAAGAAAACCAGCAAGGUGGUCAGCAGGGUGGACCUCAGGAUGGCCAGCAGGGUGGACAGCAGCAGGGAGGCCCAGAAGGUCCUUGGGACCUGCCUUCCAAUGGAACAGUACCCUCCAACAGCACAACCUCAACCACUGAGGCCAGCUCCACUGAAGCCAGCACCACUGAGGUGUCUUCAUCCUAGAAUGUGGCCUUUCAUAGUUUAACACGAACUGUAUUGUCUUUUGUUCCUUAACCCUGAUUAAAUAAAAAAUUCUUGCAAGAAAA